CCUGCUCAAGGGCCCAUGUCUCUCGGCUGCAGAGGGGAAGUACCAGUGAAGGAGAAGAAGCUCAUGGAUGUGAAGCUAGGAGAGCUGCCAGGCUGGAUACUGAUGCGGGAUUUCACCCCUAAAGGCAUUGCAGGCGCAUUUCAAAGAGGUUACUACCGGUACUACAAUAAAUAUGUCAAUGUGAAGAAAGGGAGCGUCGCUGGGAUUUCUAUGGUGCUGGCAGCUUAUGUGCUCUUCAACUACUGUCGGUGUUACAAGGAACUCAAACAUGAGCGGCUACGCAAGUACCACUGAAGAGGGCCCAUUGUGGAGGCACAUUCGGCAUUCCUGACCGUCACCUUUGAAUCCUUUCUUAGCCUAAUUCAGAAUUAACCGCCAAUAAAAGAUGACUGAUACUCAGA